AUGGAUGACGAUGAAGUAGAAGAGGAAGAAAAGCCUGUGAAGGGAAAAAAGGCCGCGAAGAAGCCUGCACGACCUACCAAGGCGGCCAAACCGCCCGCCGCAGAUCCUGCAGAUCUACCCCCAAUCAACGAAAUCCCCGCUAUCUUCGACGAUCUCGUUAGCAAAAUCCCAGAAAUCAAGGAUGUUACUGAACGCGUCCAAGGGCGCAAACUACGCGUCGCGACUAUGUGUUCUGGCACUGAAUCCCCACUCUUGGCCUUGGAACUCAUCCAAAAGUCCAUUGAAGAUCAACACGGUAUCAAGCUCGAAGUAGAACACGUCUUUUCGUGCGAGAUUGAGCCUUUCAAGCAGGCCUACAUCGAACGUAACUUCCAACCCCCCAUUCUUUUCCGCGAUGUCUGCGAACUAGGCGACGACGAAGCUCAUACCGCCUACGGUGCUCUCGUGCCCGUCCCGGGAGAUGUCGACAUGUUGGUCGCAGGAACCUCCUGUGUCGACUACUCUAAUCUCAACAACCAAAAGCAAGAUAUCGAUGCGGGCGGAGAAUCCGGUCGAACCUUCCGCGGCAUGAUGUCGUGGGUGAAAAACCACCGCCCCCCAAUCGUUAUCCUCGAGAACGUCUGCUCAGCACCAUGGGACAAGGUCCAGACCUAUUUCGAGAGAGAAGGUUACAGUGCCUGCUGGACACGUGUCGACACCAAGAAUUACUACAUCCCCCAUACCCGAACCCGAGUCUACCUUGUUGCAGUCAACAAGGUGAAUUCAAAGUUACCAGAAGAGUGGAAGGAGUUGGUCACCGGUCGGCUUAAGCGCCCAGCAUCAUCGACGCUCGACGCAUUCCUGCUUCCUUCAGACGACCCUCGCAUCCAUCACGCGCGACAGAAGCUAGUGCAGGAGAGCUAUGGUGCUCCAGACCGUAGGACAGGACGUACCGACUGGAGUCGAUGCGAGUCACGACAUCAGAGGGCACGUUUAGAAGAAGAGUUGGGCAACAAGAGACCUUUGACCAGUUGGGAUGAUGGUGGAUCCUGUAAAUUACCCGACUUCGCUUGGAACGAUUGGGGAGUUGCGCAAGUUGAGCGAGUUUGGGAUUUGAUGGACAUCAGUUUGCUGCGGUCCGCUGCCAAGGGCAUUGACCCUUCCUAUAAGACAGUCGUGUGGAACUUGUCCCAGAAUGUGGACCGAACUAUCGGCUCGAACAAGGUUGGCAUCUGUCCAUGCCUGACCCCAUCCAUGAUUCCAUACAUCACCAACCGAGGAGGCCCUAUGGUCGGUCUUGAAGCUCUCUCUAUGCAAGGCCUUCCAAUCGACAAGCUCUUGUUGACGCGAGAGAACGAAGAUCAGCUUGCCGAUUUGGCUGGUAAUGCCAUGUCGUCCACGGUGGUUGGCGCAUGCAUUUUGGCUGCAUUGGUUGUCGGCAAGAAGCUCUUGAAGACAGGAGACGACAAGGAGACAUACGAGAUGAAGCAACACUUGGAAGGGGUUCAAGACGAGGCCAUGGAUGUGGAUGAAGUGCCCGCCGCGGUCGAACCGCGUGCUGAAGUGUUGGGAGAAGAGAAGCUGGCUAGGAAGACCCUCGACCUCAGCCCCACCCAAGAACAUACUCUGGCAGAACUCUUGGCUCAUGCCAGUCGUAGCUCGCGACUUUGCGUCUGCGAAGGUCGGAUGGAUAUGACCCAACGGAAGUUGUUCCGCUGCAAGGACUGCUCUACCACCUUCUGUAAAAAGUGUGGCGGACGCCCAGAACACAACACGGAACCUUGCGACGACAUUCGCACCCACCCAUCCGAAUUCGCCAAGGACAUCAAGUCAGCCCUUCCUAUGUCCGUUGCUCUUUCCGGUAUCACCGAGGGAGUUCUGGACCAGUUACGCGAGCGGGAGGGCUCAGAGGUCAAGGACUCCUUGUGGAACACCUGGCGCCAGGCCGUUCUUAACACCAAAGACCACGACAUCCACUUCGUUGAACUCAAACGGCAAGAAAUCUGGAGUGCCAUUUUCCAAUCACGAUCAGCGACCCUCGAACUCAUCCUGCACCCCCAACGCCCAGAGUGGAGAUUGUUUGCUCUCCCCAAUGUGGACGAACCUGCCAAAGCCGAGAUUCGACGAAUUCUCGAAGACCCAGUCGCCCGACUCGUCUGCAAAGGCAGUCUUCUUUCCGGCGUCUGGGAGUUUGCCGUUCCUGCCCCCGCUAACUUUAUGAUCACCAUUGAGGGCGUUGGCGAACUGGUUCCUUCCUGGGAGGCUCGUUUAGGUCUCAUGGGUGCCGCUCAUAAGGACAAGAAGGUUUUCUCAUCCAUCAAGAUGUCUGUCCCCAAGGAACACGUCGAAUCGCUCGACCGCGACAUCUCUGGUGAAUAUGUCUUGCUUGAUAGAUGCGGUACCGCCAACGGCGCCCUCCACAAGAAGGUCCCUACCGCUGCGGACGAAGGACUCCCUCCGCUUUUCAUGCUAUUCGAUCCCCAUCGUACCAAUGACUCCGAGGACUGCUUCGUCUUCUCUAGCAUCAUCAGACGUCUUGAAUACCGAGAGACGCGGCCCAUGGUUUGCAAGUUAGAUCCUUCCUGGAGACAGUCCGAUACAGAGGGGGAGCAGAAGGUACGGGUGUAUCUGCCGUGGAAGUGGGUGAAGCAGCCUGCAGUCGGUUUGAAGGCUGCAGCCACACGCGACGCUACUUACGGGGUCCCCGAGGGCUCUCUCACACUCGCAUUGACCAAUGACGCCUGCCAGCAUGCCUAUGCCCUUCUCAGUUGCGCAGUUCCACUGGGACAGGAUGCUGAUGAGCAAUGGCCAAGAGGUCACUGGGCCGAGGUCGAUAAGGUCCACGAGAGGGGAGUUUUCAAAUCCCUUGCUUGGUUGCUCGAACGAAUCCGUCACAUUGGAGGCAACUUCAGGGACUGGCAACACCUGGAGCUCCCUAUAGACUUCGAGUGUGCCUGUGAGCGUUGUGCUCCCACUGCCCCCGUCUUGCAAUGGGUGAAAAAUGGGCAGAAAAUUGUCCCUAUCGAGGACCCCGUCCAAGCUGGCGAGUACGAGAGGCGCUUGAAACGUCGCCCAAGUCCCUUCGUCACCCAGCUUCAACUCGACUCCGAGGGCAUCGCCCACGUUCGUAUUGGCAUCAAUAUUCCAUCUCUUCUCCACCGCGCGCUUUCCCGUCUCCCUACAAAGAAUCGGAAUAGCAAGCCUACUCUCUCAUGGCGACUCGACACGAACUAUGCCCCUGCUGCCAACAUGACACGCCGUAAAUUCCGCCUUCUCAGCAACAGAGACGACAAACCACACUCUCAACCUCCUAAUUUCAGGAUACCUCUCAGGCCCGAGCAACAGCGAUCAUUGGCGUGGAUGCUCAGGCAGGAAGCCGAAGACGCCCCUCCUUUCAUCGAAGAGGAGAUUUCGGAGGCUAUCCUGGAUCCUCUGGGUUGGAGGGCCGAGGGAAGGGCCGAGAGGCCUGUCCGUGUUCUUGGUGGAGCCCUCGCUGACCAAGUUGGAUACGGUAAAACGGCUAUCACCCUGGGCCUUAUUGACUGCACUGCGGACAAGAUUAAGAAGACGUUCCCGAAACGGAAAAAGGUUCACGGACGAAUCCUCUCAUCGGCAACCCUCAUUAUCGUUCCUGCCCAAUUACCAGCCCAGUGGGCCGGGGAAGUGAACAAGUUCAUCAAGAGAAAGAAUAUGAAAGUCCUCGUCAUCAAGGACGUCAAUGACCUUAAAAAGGAGACCAUUGAAUCAAUACAAGAGGCCGACAUUAUCAUCUGGGCCUACAGCGUCCAGAGGAGCAGCAUCUACCUUGGAAAUCUCAGCCAAUUUGCGGGUGUCGACGAGUUCCCUAGCUCCGACGGUCGCGUGUUCGUCGCCCAUCUCGAGAAGACUAUGGAAGCCCUUGCAGAUCAGGUUGAGCGAUUGCAAGACGAGGGCGCUCAAGCUGUCUUGACCGAGAUUAAGGCAGCUCCGGAACGAAUCGCUGCUGAACAGGCUGCUGCUGCGGAGGCAGCCGCCCUCGCUGCCGCAAAACGUCUUAGGGGCAGGCAGUACAAGGAAGCCGCCGAGAAAGAAGAGGCCAAGAAGAAGGGGAGGGGGAAGGAGGGUAGCACUGGUGCAACAGGGACUCAGACCAAGAGGUCGAUCAAGAAGGCAAACCCAACGGACAAUGUGAAGCAAGAGCCCGUCGAUGGACCUUCCACUGGGACUGCCUCUCGAAAUCCGUCAGGCUUGAUUCCCGAAGUCGUCAUCGAGGUGCGGCAGAACAAGUCCUCUCCCAGUGUAUCCCCCGAACCGGCGGACUCGGAUGGCGACAGUGGUGGCAACAGGAAGCGACCCAGGCGUGCCACUGCAAAGCCUGUCAUUUUAUUGUCGGACGACGACUCGGAGGAAGAGGAGAAGCGUCCUACGAAGCGUCAGAAGACGGCGAGGGGCGGGAAGGCACCGACGGGUAAAGGGAAGGCGAGGGCGAAGAAGAAGGCAAAGAGUGAUGACGAGGAGUCCGAUUAUCAGGCGUCAGAUUCUCCGGAGGAGUCAGACGAAGAGAUGUCCUCUUACGACGAUUCAGACGAGUCAGACACCGACAAGAAACGCAAAGGGAAGAAACCGGUCAAGAAGACAACGAAGGGCAAGAAGACUGCCACUGCGGCCUCAGGCUCCGAAACCGAUGCUGAUAUGGACGAGGAUGGGGACGGGAUGGAUGUUGACGAAGCGCCCUCCAAGGCGCCCGCUAAAAAGGGCAAGAAAAAGGCGGCCGUUAAAGAAAAGCGACCUAAAAAGAUGACUGAUCCUUGGAAGCUGGGCUCAGCGGUCGUCAAGGGCGAUUGGACACAAAUGCAAUGUCCUCCUCUCGAGAUGUUCCACUUUGCGCGUUUGGUCAUCGACGAGUACACCUAUCUGGAGAGCGGAGACCGCAAAGUGUACCACAUGGUAACAAAUAUCACCGCAGACCGCACCUGGAUCCUCUCCGGUACGCCACCUGUGCACAGUUUCCCCGCCGUGAAGACGAUGGCUGUCCUCUUUGGCCUCCACCUCGGAGUCGAUGAUGAUGGCGAAGGUGAAUCCACGGAAAUGAAGAAGCGUCGUCGGGAGCAAACCAAUGUCGAGCGAUUCCACUCCUUCAGGGAGGUCCACAGCCUAGAAUGGCACGCAAAUCGCCACAAAGUCGGGCAACGCUUCUUGGACCAGUUCGUCAGACAGAACAUCGCCGAGAUUGACGAGAUACCCUCGAGCACGCAUAUCGAAGAGGUCAUCCUCCCUGCAUCCGAACGGGCUAUCUAUUACGAACUGCUGCACCACCUUCAAGCCCUUGAUAUGACCAUCAAACGAGGCAGGAAGAACGAGAGUGACCGAGAGAAGCGUCUCAACAAGGUUCUCGGAGAGAGCAAGUCUGCUGAGGAAGCCCUUCUGAAGCGUUGCUCCCACUUUGAGCUCGAAACUAAGAACGAGAACGCUAUGAAAGCUUGCGAUGCCCUUGUCAAGGAACGGAAGGAGCAGCUCGAGGACUGCAAGGCCUCGCUCCUGAAGGCCAUCAAGGAAGGAGCGGCGCGCGAGAAGGCCCUGGGAAAUGUCGGAACGGAGUCCAUGUUCAACGAAUGGGUUCGGGUCUGCCAAACCGAGGGUGUCGAUGAUGCAGAUGCCACUGAUGUGAUCCACAAACUCCUCGACGAGGCCAACGUCGCAACUCCCAAACCGGUCAGGGGUAAAUCGGACGUCCAGCUAACUGAGAAGGUGAAGGAGAAGGUUUGGGAGCAUCGAGAGAAGACCCACGAAAUCCGCCGUGUCGCCAAGGAGUUGACCGGUCGAAUUCGAUCCCUUCGCUUCAUCACCGCCGUUCGAGACAUCCAAUCCCAGAAGAGCAAGCGACCGCCUGUAGACUGUCCUGGGUGCGGAAAGCUGACUACUCUCGCCGACUCUGCAGUGCUUUCGCAGUGCGGGCAUGAGGGUUGCUACGCUUGUGUGAAGGAAUGGGCCGACAAAGAGGAGUGCGUGUAUGCAGCCAUUGGCAAAUGCAAAUGCGCUGCUCGGGUCAACAACAUUGUCAAGGCCACCGAAUUGGGAGAGGAUGACGAGGAGCGGGAUGGUGGCGGAAAGCAUUUCGGAAGGAAAUUGGAAAAAAUAGUUGACCUCAUCAAGAACCGGAUUCCCAAGGACGACCGAGUGCUGUUGUUCGUUCAAUUCCCUGACCUAAUCCAGAAAGUGGGCGAGUGUCUCAAGUAUCAUGGCAUUGGCUACCUGCAGAUCAAAGGUGGCGUCAGGGAUAAGACCAACAGCCUUGAAAACUUCAAACUGGGUAGCGAGCAGCGUGUCCUACUCUUGAAUGUCAUGGAUGAAAGCGCUAGCGGUGCAAACUUGACCGAUGCAAACCAUGUCAUCUUCCUUUCCCCCUUGCUCACCCCGAGCAACGAAGUCUACGAAGCCAACGAAACCCAGGCUGUCGGACGUGUCGUUCGUUUCGGCCAAACCAAGCACGUUCACAUCUGGAAAUUCAUCACCAAAAAUACCAUCGACGAAGAGAUCUACAACCAGCGACAGCAAGCAGUCGCGAAGGCGAAGGCAGCGGAGGAACUUGACGAUUAG